AUGGCCUCACAACAAAGCCCAGUGUCACCCAGCAGGGCAGAUACUACUGCACCUGAAUCAAUAUCAAACAUGGCAAUAGCGAAGGGUGCAAGCGCCAGCCAGUGCGCCUCCCUGCGCGCAGCCAGCUCCCGGGGCCCCGCUAUCAGCUGCAGCCUCACCAGCCUGCAGCCCGCCCUGGUGCGAGCCGUCCCCGAUCCCACGGGCAAAAUUAGGACGUACGAAGAGCCGGCGGACACGAGGCAGUUGAGUUCCUGGCUGGAACGCAAACACCUCGACGAGCUCAAGAAGAAGCAAGAAGAGCUCGCCAAGAAACGUGCGGAACAGGUGAAGCGCGAGCGCGAAGAGGCGGAGCGCCAGCACCGCCUGCAAGAGGCGCAGCAGCGCAGGAAGGCGCAGGAGGCGCGGCAGCAGCUGCAGCAGGCGGCGGCCAGGCGGCGCGCCGAGCUGGAAGAGCGGGCGCAGCGCGAGCUGCAGGCGGCGGAGCGCCAGCGGCACCUGCAGGAACUGCAGCGGCGCAGGGAGGCGCAGGCGGCGCGCGCGCGCCGGGAGGAGGCCGCCAGGGCCAGCGCGCAGCGCGACGCGCAGGCCGAGCGCGACCGGCAGGCGGCGCAGCGGCGCGCGCGCCACGAGCAGUACCUGCGGCGCAAGGCCGAGCAGGAGGCGCGCGCCCGCGAGCAGGACAGGCUGCGCGCGCAGAAGGAAGCAGAGGAGAAACAGGAGCAGGAGAAGCUUCGUAAUAUGCUGCUGCAGGAAUAUAAGAAGAAGCAAGCAGAACGUCUUGAGCAACAGAAACAAGAACAACAGUUAAAGCAAAAACUGGAAGCUGCCCGUUUGAAAAUGGAGGAGGACAACCGGAAGAAACUGCAGUCAGAGCGUGAAGCCCGAUACAAAGAGUUGAAAAGCAGAAAUCAGAGAAAGACUGGAAAACCAUUUCCUGCUAUAAAUCUUGCAGAAUCUUAUCACUUUGAUGGCUACAUAAAUCCCAACCCAUGGCAAACAUAA